AUGAAGCCAUUAAGUCAAUUUACGGAAGCGGAAGAACAAGACGUAAGCGUUUGGAUACAGGACUUUGAACAAAUGGUCAACGCAGCUGAUGGUGACUCAAAAACUAAACGAAAAGCUGUCGUUCUAUAUUUAAGUGGUGAUGUCAAGAAGUGGUAUCGACUAGCUAAUGUUGAGAAUGAUGAAUGGUCAGUAUUUCGACCAAAACUAAUUGCAGCCUUUACGUCAACAUCAGAACAGCUAAAAGCAAUGACAAAAUUAAUGAAUCGAGAACAAGAUGUGAAUGAAUUAGCUUUAAGCGCAAAGUUUAAUCCACAGAUGAAUGAAACUGAAAAGCUAUUGCUUUUAUUACAAAUUUAUUCAAUAUAA